GUUCACCUCUCUCUCCCUCUCCUCACCCUUCUGCUGCUGCUCCUCGAAUCCGCCCGUCGCUCCCCUCCCCAGCGCGAGGGCAGCCUUCGCAUCCUCCUCCUCCCUCCCCUCUACGGCGACCUCCAUCUUGGCGACUGGCGUGGACUACGACGACUGCCAUCCCCAACGGCUCCGUCCAAUGCCCACCGAAGGUUAAGCAAUGAUACUGGACUUUAUUGACCUGUCCAGUGAUGAUGAUAAGGUGGUUACACAAUAUGUUGACUUGAUUAGUGACGAGGGCGAUUUUGAAAGAGAGCAUCUUGCUUAUGGACAAGGUGAUGCUGCUCAGGGCAUAACAUUUCUUAAACAGGAGUUCGUUGCAGAUGAUGGACAAGCUGAAGCUGCCCAGUGCACAGGGACAUUACAGAUGCAAGAACUUGGAGCAUAUGAUGGACAAGCCAAUGCUGCCCAGAGCACAAAUACUAUGCAAGAACUUACUGUAGAUGAUGGGCAAGGCGAUGCUGCCCAGGGCACAGCGACAUUACAGGUGCUGGCUCAGAAGACAAAGGAGGCAGAGAUCACGGAACAGAAUUUGCUGCCUCAAGCCAUCAAAAUCAAUGCAGAGCAUACUGAAUCUGUGCGCAAAGACCUUCUGAGAGGUUGCCUCCACUCAGUUGGGUCUGAUCUUACUUGUACCUGGGAGCUUCCAGAGCUGCAGCAGAAUGUGUCCAUGCAGAGCGGCCAAGAAGCUGCGGCAGUGGACAAGGAUCCCAGGACUCCUACAAGUGUGCGUGAGCCGGCUGUGCCUGUUUGUUCCCUGGAGAGUGGAGUGCUUGAACAGGGAAUCAAAAAGUCCAUAACUGGUGCUGAUGAGAUGCAAUCUACCCAGGAUAAGUGCUCCAAUGGGGCUGCAACAAAGGGCAAAGGGAAGGGGACAGAGGUAGCUGUUGGUGAGUCAUCCAGUGGAGCUGGCAAAUGGGUGGUUAGUAAAACAGAGAGCGGUGCUGCAGUGACCGACCCUCUGGGUGGCUCGACCCCGAAGAGGCUGAGGACCGCAGGCUCUGUUGUAGCAGGUGCUGGCUGGGCUUCAACAGUUGAGGAGUUGGUGCAGCAGGCGGCUGGGCGUCUGGUGCAGCAGGCGAAGGCGGGCAACACCAGUGCUAGCAUGGUCGUGGAUGCUGUGUUGGAGCUGUUGGGUGACGCGUUGGGUGUGGCAUCUCCGCUGGCCGGGUCCUCGGACACGGCGGUGGUGAUGGCGCUGGGCGCCGUGUACAAGCAGCUGACAAUGAAGAGGCUCAACGAGGGAGUCGCAGUGGAGACUACAAGGGACCUGUAGCUCGCUGCCUGUCGUGCGCAUCCGGCCUGUGCAAUGGGACGGGAAUGCAGUAUUUUGUUGAGCGUUGGAAUGUGCAUUGUGCUUGUACCUGUCAGAGCUUACUUUUGUCGUUUGGCUGGAAAUGCGAUCUCAUGUAGUAUGAACCAGUAGUGGAAUUAGGUAGGUUUAGUCCUGUUGAUUUAUAGUCAGACAUCUCUACUCUAAUCAAUGUCUAAUAAUGCAUUACUCUAUUCAUAAUUCAUUGUGCCAUCAGCA